UCGGAUAACACUGAACAAAGUAUAUAUAAUCAAAAUAUUCUAUAAUAUUUCACAGACAUAAAUCUGUGAAAGUGAUCAUUGUAGAAAAAUAUUCUCAUUUAGUUAUUAUUUAAAUAAUGAGCAGAAUGUAGAGUAAGAUUAUUUGGUUAUAGCUUCUAGAAGUGAGGUAAAAACUAAGGUGAUUGUACAUGAGAUGUGUUAGUCAGGUACUUUAGAACAAAUGAAGUGAAUGUGAAUGAUAAAUGAUCUUUUAAUCUCAGGUAUAAUGGUCAACGUUUGGAAACAAACAUGGUGGUCAUCGAAGUCAAGCCUCUUUCUGGAUUCAGGGUGGACGAGACGUCGGUGCAGCUUGUGAACGGCAAUUCAAAUUCAACUGAUGGAGCUGUGAAACGUGUCGAUCAAAUUGAGGGCAAAGCAAUCAUCUAUCUGAAUGAACUGACAAAUGGAGAGGAGAAGGUGUACACCCUGACAAUCAUACAAGACCUUCCAGUGGAGGACCUAAAACCAGCUGUUGUUAAGGUUUAUGACUAUUAUGAGACCGGUGAGCAAGCUGCAACUGAGUACACCUCACCCUGUCCAGUUCAGUGAGAAUCUGAACACGAUCUCAGCAAGAUCACAGCCAGAGCUUUUUUAUGGGAAUUGUGUGGGUAACUUCAACAUAUCUUUUUACUUAGACAACAUUCACUAACUCAUUAAUAGUAGGUCUUUUGUAGUUUAGUUUUUUGUUUGUCAUUAACCUCAAAUUAAAUAAUCAAGAUGUAUUUGGUGUUAAAAAUAUGCCUUAUUUUCUUUCUAAUGUGAUCUACUUGAAACAUUAUUUACAGAUGUAAUGUCAUUCACCAAGACAUUUUACAUAAGGUGCUGACAAAAAAAAAUUACUUGGAAGAUAACAAAUAAACAAAAGUAACUGCACUUAUAAUCUAAGCAUGAUUUAUUUGCUUUUACUGAUUAAACAGUAUGCUCUGAAUUUCCAUUUCCACUGUAAAUUCUUUUUUUAGAUAGUGUGGACUGCAUACUGUAUUUUAUUAGAGCAUGUAUAAACAUUAAGCAUGUCCAAUCAUACUAAAGCUCUUCUGUACUUGCUGAUUCUCUCCACAAGAUGUUUUAACUUCUUUGCAGUUUGAACUCAAAACAUUCGUCGCAUUAUUACCUCUAACUUGUAUGUUGCAAGUGAUAAUGCUAAUGUCAUAAGCUAACAAAAAAGAAAAA